AGAAUUCUAUAUGUAGCUAUACUAACACCAUACAAAUAUGUUGACGGAGUAAUUGUCCGGUGUUAUCAAGGACCGCCUUUGUUGUUUAAUAGUUAACGCGCAUAAAGGAUCACUAUGUAACGAUUCCCGGCAAUAUUUGUUAAAAAAUUGUUUUGUAGAUAUAUCAAAGUGAUAAUUUUAAGAUCUUAGAAGGAACAGCUUGCAUAAAAAUUUAGAUCCUUACGAUAAUUAUAUCCAGGAUACCCAUUUUUAUAUGAGUCAUAACAUAGGAUGAACUGUGUGUUGAAUUAUUACCUACUACAGAGACGGGUUAAACUAAAUGUGUAUAAUUCCCUCGAUGCUACCUCAACAUCCAUCGCUAUUAGAAUUAAUAUACAAGAAAAUUCUAUACAAGUAAUUGAUAAUGGUAUUGGGAUUAAACAAAACGAUUUUGCGUUACUUGGUCAAAGAUAUACAACUAGUAAAUUUGAUAAUAUUUCUGUGAUGAAAAGUAUACCUCAAACCUACGGAUUCCGUGGAUUAUCUUUAUCAAGUAUUAUUGAUAUAUCACGCAAAGUGAAAAUAAUAUCGAGAUUUUUGGACUCAAAGGAUACGCUAUCUAAAACAUUUCAUAAAGGAACAAGCAAAGAGAUUGUUGAAAUACAUUCCAGACCUUCCAAAGGGACUACGGUUGAAAUCUAUGGACUUCUCUGUAAUCUAAAAAUACAGAAGAAAGCUCUUGAACAAUGUAACGAAUUGUUUGCAAUAAAAACAUUAUUAGAACAAUUAUCACUAAUGCAUGUGAACGUAUCUAUUAGUCUAAGAGAUGACGUAAAAAACGAAAUUAUAUUCAAAAUUCAAAAAAAUCGCAACAUAUUUCAAACAAUAACGAGUAUUUUUAAUAUUUUACCCGAAGAAUUACAAGAAAUUAGUGUCGAGAAGCAUCAGUAUAAAGUCAGGGCAUUUAUUCAAAAAAAAGAUGUCAAUUUAAAGAAAUAUCAUUGGGUAUUUCUUAACAGAAGAUAUAUUUCUAAAACAAAAGUUCAUAAGAUAGUCAACAAGCACUUUUUGAAAAGGUGUUAUCAACGUAAAUAUUUUAAAAAGAAUAAACAGGAAGAUGAAGUGGGCAACCAAGCACUACCUACAUAUUUCUUAUUCAUAUCGUGUCCAUACAGUGACUAUGACGUGCUUAAUAGUCAUUCAAACAAGACAUUCAUUGAAUUCAAAAACUGGAAACAGAUUACUAAUUUAUUAGAAAGACUUGUACAGUGUCACACUGGAGAUAUUAGGUUGAAAGAAAUUGCAAAACCGAAAAACAUUCCCGCUGCAGAAAACAACGAAACGAAAACACGAGAGCAAAUAAAAAAUAUAAUCGAUAAAAUACUUACGAAAAGCUCCAAGAAGCAAAACGUACGGAUGUGUAAUGGAAUCAAAGGAAAGGAAAUUAAAAGGAAAUGUCCACAAAAUAAUCCUAAGAACAGAACAAAAAUUGUUACGAAUAAAACUAAUCAAAGCAGUAAAAGUAAAAUAUUAUCUAACAAACAAUCUUUUCUACUUGAAAAUUCAAAUUGUCAAAGAAAGAGGAAAAUUAAAACCGCUAACGUAAACGACGUAGAGGACAAAAAGAGGCCAAAGAAAUUAAAUCAAAAUAAAUGUAAACUAAACUCUGAAAGAAUCACAUUGAAUAAUAUUCCCUUUUUAAAAACAAUGCAACAAAAAAACAUUCGAAAGAACAAAAUACAAGAUACUGAAGAUAGCAAUAAAUCGCCUUCAACAAUAUUGCCCAAUGCCCAACUAGAAAUACGGGCCGAAAAAAUAGGAAAAUGUGAAGUUGGAUCUGAUGCAUAUAUUACACCAGAUAUUAAUCAGCCACAUGAACCAGUUGAAUAUAUAAAACAACAGUCAGCAUUUAAACUUAAUCCCAUUAAAGAUGAUAUGCUUAAUGUAGCAAAAGAAUUUGAUAUUGAUCCUAAGCACUUACUAAACGAGAUAUGUAGAAAAAGUGUUUUUCAAAAGACUAAUAAGAAAACAGUAAUGACAACAUACGACCUAGUAAAAACGGUUGUAAGUAAUUCUAAAAAUAUUGCAGACUUAGUAGUAAGUCAUAAAAACAAUUUUAUAGGUAGCAGGAUACACGUUCCAGAAUAUACAAGGUAUUAUCCAGUAGGUAUUAAUAAAGGAAUGUUUUCUAACAAGUUAACAUUUGAAAGCCACCAAUAUGAGAGCAUAUAUAGAAAAGAAAGAGAAUCUCGUGCACGAUUAAAUCCUAACAUACGUUUUUUAAAUAAAGUUUCUACAGAAAAUUUACUGUCUAGAAACCAUAACUUUAAAAAUAAUAUUCAGGCAUCCGUUAAGAAAACUGUGAGUAAGAAAUAUAACAAACGAUGCCUUAUCAACCAAAUCAAAUUUGGAAUGGAACAAUCUUUGUAUACAAUUCAAGAUGAUUUUAGUUUGUCCAACAAGAAUAAAAUGCCAACUGGAAAUGUGUAUUCCAAGUCUAUUGAUUUAUCCUUUGAUAAAUAUAACACUGUUUUCAAUUCGAUGUUUGAAAACGAUUUAAACCCUGUAUACGUUCAGAAAACAUACAAAAAAGAUGGGACAAAUUCAGACGGAAACAAUUUAAUGGAGAAUGUUAAUGAGUACCGUGUUACAUAUUCAAUUAAAUCAUCCAGAAUAUACACAGAAUUAAGUGAUAAGAACAAUUCUCCUAAAGAAGUUAACAAUGAUUUUGGACCAACGUACACAAAAAAUAUCGAUACCUCCCAUGAUUUGAUUGUGAAUAAGGAUAUAGGUGCAUUAGAAAUAAAUGCGAGUAGUUCACAACUAGUAGAUCCGAUGGAAUUGUGUGAAAUAAUAUAUGAUAAACAAAAUUCUAUUGAAGAAAAUAACAUUAACGAGAAUAAUGGCGAUCCCAAUACGAAUGGUAUUGUAAGCGAUUACUCAAAAAACAAUAAAACAGAAGCUAGUCAGAAUGUCAUAUCACACCAUUUUCACACGGAUGAAAUUAAUGAAAUUUUUCUAGAUACAUUUAAUUCUAAUGAAAAGCAAACGGUGAAUCCCACUGAAGUCAUUGAAAACUGCAAUCAUAUUAAAUAUUUAGCAGAUUUUAAUAUACAAAGUAGAUAUGCGUUUGUGCCUAAAGGUAUGUCACCGAUUUUCGUUAACUGUAAUUUGAAUCCCUCAAUCCCAAUUGGACAUUUUGAUGACGAGUAUUAUAAAGAUGCUAUUUAUGAAAAAUUUGCCGAAAAAGUUCAACAAACUGCUCAAUUAUUUGAGCCAACUAUCCAAAAUGUUAACGACGCAAAAACAAACGAUGGUGUAAAAAAUAACAAAAUGAGAAAAGAGAAUGCUGACUUAACGUUUGAUGCUGAAUCUAUAAAGAAUGCUAAAGUGUUUGCUCAAGUUGACUGCAAAUUCAUUGUUACCAUAUUACCUGGAAAAACCAUUUCCAAAAACGCCAAAUUAAAUUAUUUAGUUUUAUUUGACCAACAUGCUGUGCACGAAAGAAUUAGAUUAGAGAAGAAUUUGUCAGACUACUUUGAUGGAUUAGCUUGGAAAUUUGUCAAUAUUGAUACAAUUUCAUUUAAAUUACCAAAAGACGAUACAACCCUUCUUCACAAUCACAAAGAUAAACUUAGUACAUUUGGAUUACAAUGGCGUAUCGAAGAUAAUAAUAUAUCGGUGUAUGCUAUACCAGAGGCUAUUCUUGGUAAAAAUCCUAGACAAGCUGACGUAGUGCUCAAUGCAACCAAAUGUUUGUUGUCUGAACUUAUUGACGCGUUAAAGAAUCUUAACGGAAAUAUACCGCUUUACCCACAAUCAAUCAUGAAUCUUGUUUUUAGUGAGGCCUGUCGUUAUGCAAUUAUGUUUGGAGAUAAGUUGUCGAAAUCGGAAUGCGUCAAUUUAAUCAAUUCUUUAGCUGAGUGUAAGACUCCAUUUCAAUGUGCCCAUGGGAGGCCUGUUAUGGCAGUUAUUAUGGAGCUCAGUGAAGAAAAACCACGGUAUAUGAUUAACCCAACAUUAAAUUGA